GCUAUUUUAUUAUUCUGCUUCUGUAUGUACUUGUAGUGAAUCUAAGCCAUCUACAACGAAUGGAAUUUGCAACUAUUUCUCUUCGUCUGCGAUAAGACUUGUGUGUUGUCCAGUUUGAUAUUUGUUACGCAUUAUGAACAACUCCAAACAAGAAGUCAAAGAAGGAAGAAAAGCAGAACUUUACUUUGGAAAGAAACUUGAACGUGAGUUUGCAUGGUUAUUACGUAGCGCUACUUACAUACCUAUAGUUCCCGCCAUAAUGUAUGGCUUUGGAGACGUAUGUCAGCCUCGAAGAGACUCGGUUACUCUCCUUGAAACAUAUGUGAUAGAUUUCAUUGUUGACCUUGUUGAGAAAUGUAGUGAAGUUGCCCACGAACGAAAAAGAGAAAGACCUGAUAUCAAUGACCUCAAAUUUGUCAUAAGGAAAGACAAGAAGAAGCUCAAUCGUGUCCACUACUUGUUGCGUAUGAAACGAAUCAUAGAUCGAUCCCGUUUUGCGGUAGACCGUCAUAUGUUACCACUUAAAUAAACGAAUCAGUUGGAACACUUUGAAGCUGUUGUUGUAAAUAAAGAACGCAAGUUGGUU